AUGACUGUGUUGGUUGAUACAUACGAAGUUCCUGCGCAUGCAAUUAUGUCGCAGCUCUACAAAACAAUGUGCUACGAAGUUCUUUUAGAGGAGGUGCUAGGAAGAUCCUACAACGCCCCAAACAACACAAAAAAGUACACUGUUUUGGAGGACAUAAGCCCGAAGACGCUUAUUGCACUUCGGGACAUAGAGAAUAUAAUAUACGUGGUGCACAGGGAAAUACUGGACGAAAGAGAGUACAAAACAAUCCAGUACUACACAAACGAGAUCAUAUAUGUAGAGAACAACACCAUACAGAUCGUCAACAAGAAAACACGCAGGCACGAGACCUAUGAAAUAGAAAAAACAGUAAACUCAUUUCAUCAGGUUUCGCAGAAAAUAAAAAAAGUGCUAAAAGAGGAGGCGCCCCUAAAGGAGGCGCUUCUCACAAAAAAACAGGAGGAAAGAAAGGAGGCUUCUCUCCCCUUCCUUCGCGCGCAGGCGCAGGAGGAGGUCUAUUUCCCCGAAAGCGAGGAGGAAGAGGACCUUGACGCGUUUGAGGAGGAAAUGUAG